UCCAGGUCAAAGUCCGAGAUGGUGGUGGUGAUGUUCUUCCUCAGGAUUCGGAUUUUCACUGCUGCGGGGAUUGGAAAAAGAGCUGUUAGUUCUGUUUAGUUGUCAUAGUUCUUACCUCCUUAAGCACACAGCCAAUGCAAGGCUUUCUUGCUGUUUCUGUCAUGUGGUGACGUAUCAAUCCAUGUUCAUGUCAUUGCAAUAAACUUGUAAUAGUUGUCAUUUGAGGUUAGUUUCCAGUACUGAACACCAUUCUUUCCACUCUGCUUUUCUAAUGAGAGUGGCAGCGUAUCAGCACCACUGCACAGGCAGAAACCCUGUAGAUGCAUCAAAGUCCUGGUCUUGGGCAAAUUACUUUACUUUUCUCUGAGGUGGAAUUUCAGGAGCUGAUGUGACUGCUGGCUGCCCAGGAUUUUUAAUUUUUUUUUUUUCAUUAAGUUUGUGUGCCUGAAUUCAGGACAGUAUCUUGAAAACUUCCUGCCAGCUGGUUGAGCAGAGCCAGCACUGCCACCUGCUUGGGCUAGGAGAGGGAGAGUCACAUUACUAGAACAAUGGUAUUGGAAGUUUGAAAUAACUGACAUGGAGUUUGCAUCAAUUGAAAUAUUGGUCUCUGAGGGGGAAAACCAGAGUAGUGUUGUAUUUAGCAGCCACAGACCAAAACAGAGUCAGAGCCCACAGAAAUAAAGCAGGUCUUCACCUUUGGUGCUGCCUGGAGCUGGGCCCUCAUGCUACCUAACAGAUUGGUGCAAAGAGGGAGCAGAGGAAAAUCCUAGCGUCUGGGUGGCACUCCCUGGCCAGCAAGGGCAGCCAGCUGGAAGACUGCUGGAUCACUUCUGGCAUGGUCUCAUGCUCCAGCAGUUCCUCAGUCUCUGUUGCUGCUCGCACUUUUGCUGCAGAAAUUCCCGACUUCCUGACAGAGGAGGAGUGCAAGCUCAUCGUCCAUCUGGCACAGCUGAAGGGUCUGCAGAAGAGCCAGAUCCUACCAACGGAUGACUAUGAGGAAGCUAUGGAAAUGAUAGAAAUCAGCCAGAUGGACAUUUUCAAUCUGCUGGACCACAAUCAGGAUGGGCAGCUGCAGCUCAAAGAGGUGUUGACCCACACCCGGCUUGGGAACGGCAGGUGGAUGACCCCCGAAAACAUCCGGGAGAUGUACACUGCAGUCAAGGCCGAUCCUGAUGGGAAUGGCGUGCUGAGUUUGGAGGAGUUCAAACAAUUGAAUAUCCGUGAUUUCCACAAGUACAUGGGAAGCCAGAAAGUGAAGAUGAGUGACUUGGUGCGCAAUAGCCAGCACACCUGGCUGUACCAGGGCGAGGGGGCACACCAGGUCAUGAGAGCCAUACGGCAAAGGGUAAUGCGCUUGACUCGCUUGCCCCCCGAGAUUGUGGAGCACAGCGAGCCCCUCCAGGUUGUGCGGUACGACCAAGGAGGGCACUACCAUGCCCACAUGGACAGUGGCCCUGUCUUCCCCGAGACUGCCUGCAGCCACACCAAGCUGGUCGCCAAUGAAAGCGCUCCCUUUGAGACCUCGUGCCGGUAUGUGACAGUGCUGUUCUACCUGAACAAUGUGACUGGGGGAGGUGAAACAGUCUUCCCUAUAGCUGAUAACAGGACGUACGAAGAGAUGUCUUUGAUCCAGAAUGACGUUGACCUACGAGAUACUCGGAAAAACUGCGACAAGGGCAAUUUGCGAGUGAAACCUCAGCAAGGCACUGCUGUUUUCUGGUACAACUACCUGUCAGACGGAGAAGGCUGGGUGGGGGAGCUGGAUGACUUCGCCCUGCACGGGGGCUGCCUGGUCACCCAAGGCACCAAGUGGAUCGCCAACAACUGGAUCAACGUGGACCCCAACCGGCGGCGGCAGCUGCAGUUCCAGCAGGAGAUGGAGCGCUAUGCGGGGGCCGAGCCCGGGGCCGGGGCCGCGGGCGAGUGGACACUGGCCUCCGGGCCUGACGGGGAGAUGCUCUGCCUGGACGUCACCCACCGCCCCGGGCAGGCGCCCCAGGUGCAGCUCAGGGGACGCUACCUGCUGCCCCCCUGCAAGCAGCGCUGGCAUACCUGUGCAGCCUUCCUGCCCCAGGGAGGGCUCCUGGUCUGUGGGGACCGCCGGGGCUCCCUCCUCCUCUUCCCUUGCAGCAGCUCCCCAGGCUGGGCUGCGGAAGGCACUGGCAUCACCAAUGGCGGCACCAACCCAGGUGGCGAGGACUCCUGUGGCGAGUCGGAGCCCUCCUGCUUGCUGCAGAAAGGGGUUCUUCCCCUUGAGGCCCCUCUGUCCGUGCUCUUCGGGCUCCAUGGGAAGACAGGCGUUACCUCAGUGACCUGCCACAGGGGCUACAUUUACAGCACCGGUCGGGAUGGCUUCUAUCGCCAGCUCCGCCUGCAGGGCCAGCAGCUGGAGGUCCUGCGGAAGCACAGGCCCUGCAAAGGGCUGCAGUGGAUCGAGGAGCUGCGCUUCACCCCAGAUGGCGACCUGGUCAUGCUAGGCUUUCACGCUGACAACUUUGUAGUGUGGAGCAGCAGGACUGGAGAGAACCUCCACUGCAUCCCCUGCGGCGGGGGGCACCGCUCCUGGAGCUACUUCAGCAGCCCCUCGGCUGAGGCCUUCGCCUUUGUCAAGUGUGGGGACGUGAUGCUGUACCGCCGCAAGGCCGAGCCCUGCGAGCAGCAGGUGCUCCUGGCCUCCCUGCACGGGCGGGAGAUCGCUUGCGUGCGGCGGCUGGGUGCGGUGGAGGUGCCCGGCCAUGCCGCCCUUAACAUCUUUGUCACCGGCAGCGAGGACACCACGGCCUGCAUCCUGGCACUCAGCGAGCACUCCCAGGGAGCCAUGCCCCUCGCCCGGCUCAGCGACCACAUCUCCAGUGUGAGAGCACUGGCGCUGUCUGGCCCCACAGGACCCAGCAACGAGGGCUUGUCUGCCCUGCUCUUCUCUGCAGGCGGCCGGGCGCAGAUUGAGUGCUACCGGUUGCUGUGUGCCAGGGACCCAACCUCCGAGAGCGCCGUGGCCUGCCAGGUCAUCCACUUGGCCUCCCAUCGGCUGGACAAGCACUGGGAGCGUAAGAAGAACAGGCAUAAGCUCGUCAAGAUGGACCCGGAGACCAGGUACAUGUCCCUCUCAGUUGUGCCUGGGACCAGCUCCAAGCAGUUGACAACAUCCUGGAAGUUCCUGGCUGCUGCCUGCAGGGAUGGAUCAGUCCGGAGGCACCUCCUGUGCAGUGCAGCCACCGACGGCAGCAUCGCCUUCUGGGACAUCACCAGCCCCAUCGCAGAUGCGAUGGAUGCCCUGCACCGAGCAGAGGGAGAGAUGCAGCCCUUGGCUCUGGGCACCCCGCUACUCACCGUCAUGGCCCACAGCUGUGGUGUGAACAGUCUCCACGUCCGUGAGAUGCUGGAUGGACAGUACCUGGUGGCCAGCGGCAGUGCACCCAUCUCCAUGCUGGGCACAGCCACGGGGUGGGUGUAG